GAAGUUCACCAAGAAGACUACAUUUCGGACACAAAAUGUCGAGCAACUCCUCUGAUAGUGUUCUGUUUAGGGAGGUUUCAGAAUAUAAAAUUCAGAAGGCUUUGUGGACAUUCCUUUCUCCUUUUCUCAUUGUUGUCGGAAAUGUGGGCAGUCUUCUGUCUGUAAUCGUUCUCAAUCAGCACAAACUAUGUCGAUUUAGAUCCUCUUCCUUUACAUAUCUCAAAUAUCUAGCCCUUGGAGAUAUUUUAUUGUUGAACGGAUGUCUGUUUCCAGAUUGGAUUAACUAUGCUUUCAAAGUCAAUAUUCGAAAUUAUUCCAUUGGUUGUAAGAUCCAUACCUUUCUUGUCUACUUGUCUACAGACUUUACUAACUGGAUUCUGGUUGCAGUCACAGUGGAUCGUUGUAUUGCCGUUUGCUUACCACUGAAAGCUAGAACAUACGAUCACUUUAAAAUUUGCAAAGCCACUAUUACUGCCAUCUUUAUUGGGAUGAUUGCUCUAAAUGUACACUUAUUCUGGAAUAUGAAAACAUCUGACGAAGAGGAACCUUGCGUUGAAGCUAACUACUUCACCUCUGAUGUCUGGCCGUGGAUAGAUUUCUGUGUGUUUUGUGUGCUCCCUUUCCUGAUAAUGUUCUCCUGUAAUAUUUUACUUGUCAGAGCCAUUACAAAAUCCAGGAAAAAAGCUUUUUCGUACAGAGAUUCAAAAUUUUCUAUUACCAAUGAGAUAAGAAAGGAGAGUCUCACUGCCAGACGAUCGUCACACUUGACAAAGUUGCUGCUAACAGUGAGUUCUGUGUUCCUUGUCCUGACGUGUCCAAUCAUCAUCGUAGAACUGCCCAAGUCCCUUUUCGUUGACACUGACUACCAAGGGAAGCAGUUUGCCCAGUAUAAAUUGGCUUGGACGAUUGGAAAUAUGCUGCAGUAUGUGAACAGUGCUGGUCAUUUCUUCAUGUAUUUUUUGACUUGUCCAUCCUUUAGAGAUGAACUGAGGAGUCUUGUUUGUAAAUGUAAAAGAAAUUCCACUUUACCAAGAGGGAGGGUCAGUACGGUAUCUCUGUCUCACCUCUCUUAA